CUUCUUAAUGGAGCUGUGACGUUUUUCCACAGCGACCAAAGCUUUUGAAAACAGAAAACAAUCCUCACGAUAUAUAUAUUUACUAUAAACAUAAUUGAACUCAGGAAGUCACAAAUACAAUGGCAUUAGAAACUGUUCCUAAAGACCUUCGGCAUCUGCGAGCUUGUCUUCUCUGUUCUUUGGUCAAGACAAUUGACCAGUUUGAAUAUGAUGGCUGUGACAACUGUGAGUCUUAUCUUCAGAUGAAGGGAAACCGAGAAAUGGUGUACGAGUGCACGAGUUCAUCAUUUGAUGGUGUGAUAGCCAUGAUGAGCCCGGAAGACAGUUGGGUAGCCAAAUGGCAGAGGAUAGGAAACUUCAAACCUGGUGUAUAUGCGGUGUCGGUAACAGGAAGACUACCUCCAGGAGUGGUAAGAGAGCUGAAGAGUCGGGGAGUUAUCUACAAAUCCAGAGACACAGCGGUGAAGACCUAGAGGAGUUUCAAAUUUCCAUCUUAUCAACCUUGAAUCCAGCGAAUUGUCACACAGUGGAUCUCAGUGGAUUCAUUCAUGUAAUUUGAUAAAGCUUAUAUGUACCACUGUUUUGUUAUUUGUACUGUCCAUAAUAAAGUUUUUUGUUUUUAUUUUA